AUGUUCCUGCUUUCGAAGGUCUUAUUGACAUGUCUCUUGAGCGGCUCUCGGGCCCUACAUUUACCGCUUAGAAAGGACGUUGAGCUCGCGUUGGCUCCAAUAGUGGUUAGUGGGCUUUUACAAGAAGCAACCUCAACAGUGCAUGUGACACAGGCCGUGGCAUCGGCUGAAGUGGUUAGCGGGCUUCUACAAGAAGCAACCUCUACAGUGCAUGUGACACAGACCGUAGCGUCGGCUGAAGUGGUUUCCUCGGCGGCUGCCAGCUCUGUCGCCUCGGCUUCAGCAACCGCCUUGCCCUACACUGGCUCGGCAGGCAUUACCUACUCGCCCUACCAAAAGAACGGUCAAUGUAAGACUGAGUCCAUGGUACAGUCUGAUUUGGCUCAACUCCACAGCUUUGGGAUCAUCCGUAUCUACGAUACAGACUGUGAAGUGUUAGGAAAUGUUGUGUCGGCACUUACUGGUUCCCAGAAAAUUAUGAUAGGGAUCUGGAAUAUACAAAAGAUUCAAGAUAGCGUCGAUGCGAUUUCUGCUGCUUUCAGCUCAGACUUCUCCAAAAUUUAUGCCGUUUCUAUAGGGAAUGAGUUAGUAAACUCAGGCCAAGCCAGUGUCAGCGAGAUCCAGAGCGCAGUAUCAACGGCACGUGACCUAUUGGGCGGAAUCGGAUUCACUGGCCAAAUUGUAACUGUGGACACUUUGGUAGCUGUUUCAGCUAAUCCGGCUCUCUGUGAGUGCUCGGAUUUCAUCGCUGUCAACUGCCAUCCCUACUGGGAUGGAAACGUCGAACCAUCUGACUGUGGAACCUGGCUCCAGCAGCAAAUCGCUAGUCUCCAAACGAAAUGUGGAACGGCCAAGCAAGUCCUCAUUACUGAGACUGGAUGGCCAAAUUUUGGAUCGCCUAAUGGCAAGUGUAACCCCUCGGCCUCCAACAUGCAAACAUGCAUUAAUGCCAUUUCUUCUUCUGUGGGAUCUCAAGCUAUAUUAUUUUCUACAUACAACGAUUACUGGAAGCCCCCUGGUCCUUACAAUGUAGAGCAACGUUGGGGUAUCUUCGGCGAUCCAGCCUUCUAG